AUGGUUGGCUUACGUUGGUACUCUGUUUUCGUGUACGUGGAAGCCUUUGGCGGUCUGGACAAUGAUGGUGCCCUAUAUGGACCCAUGCGUUUCCAAGUUCCUGCGUCCUCGAACUCGUUUGCUGUGCAGCCAAGCAAUUCGAGUCUUACGAAGGAUGGGCUCACAGUGAGAUUCACACCAAGGGCAUCUGCAGGUUGGGGCUACGUGAUGAUUGCUGCAGAGGCAGACUACGCCACGCUCACUGUAGAGAACAUCAAGGCAUUUAUGAGCGCCGUGGGUGAUGCUACUUGCAAAUGGAAUGGCUUCGUGAACAAUAUGGCCAGCAGUGUCGUUCUGACCGGGUGUCGGCUGUAUGGCAAUGCUGAAUAUCGUCUGUUCGUGUACAUCGAGGAUGGGCACCUGCGAGAUGAUGGCGUCCUUGCGGAACCGAUCCAAUUGCAUGUUCCACCAUCCAAUGACUUCACAGGAGUCUACCCUUAUCCCAGACUCGAUGCCACGCCAAGCACCAUCACGGUGUCUAUCGAGUUUGAGCCCCGCGAGGCCACUGGCAUGGUUUGGGGUGUGGUGAUCCCUGAGACCCUGGCCAUCUCCGCAACUGUGGCGGGCAUCAAAGCAGGAACCAACGCGCUUUGCAGCAGGGCCAGUUUGGCCAUUGUGGGUGGACUCCAAUCCUUCACUAUUGACAGCUGCGUACUUGCUCUGGAUGUCCUAUACAAGGCCAUGGUGUACAUUGAAGAUGGCGGCGCAGACAACGACGGAAGGAUUGGACCAGGCAUUGAUGUCAUGGUGCCCACCAAUGGAACGACCAAUACCUUCAGCGCAUAUCCCAAGCUCGUGAUGAUCGAUGGAGCUCUGGCCAGCAGCGAUGGCAUCACUUUCACUUUCUCCGCCAACAAUCCAGAUGGACGCUUGUGGGCUAUGGUGGUUCCAAACCAUGUGGGCGACUGCAUGACUGUCAGGUCAAUGAAGUUUCUACGUGAUGCACUUUGCAGUCGCUGGAACUAUGUCAUCAACGACCAGACUCAAAGCAUCACUUUGACAGGCUGCAAUUUGAAAGGUGGUGACAUGUAUCGGCUCUUCGCAUACGUCGAGGGAGUCUCCAAUGGUGAUGAUGGGGUCCUGGCGCCAGCAGUGGUGUUUGCAGUUCCGUACACAAACACCUUUGUGGUGGAACCAAGCGUGGUGGACGACCUGGUAUCUCCUGACGGCUUUCAACUGAUGUUUCAAGCAUCUGAGUUCGAGGGUAAGGUUUGGGCCAUGGUCGUGUCCAAUAUCCACGAGCAGUGGGUGGAUCCCAAUGCCAUCAAGGUGGGCACCUACUCUUUGGGCAGUGCCCUUUGUCACAUCCAAGGGGAGGUGAUCAGUGGCAUGAACGAGACAAUCACGAUGUCUCAAUGUGCACUCCAACGUGGUGUGUCAUACAAGGCUUUCGCUUACGUGGAGGGCUUGAAUUCUUCCUAUACUGAUGGUCAAGCCUCAGCUGCCAUAUCUGUGCUUGUUCCGCCAGUUUCGAUGAAGUUUCAAUCACUUCCCAUGCUGGCUCAAACUGUGCUCACGGAUCAAAUUUCUUUCACUUUCACCGCGCAGGCGAUGGACCAGGGUGCUACAGCCACCGUCACCGGCAACUUUUGGGCCAUGGUGGUCACAGAGUUGCAAGCGGCGCUGUUGACGCGCACAUCGGUGAAGAUCCUCACGGGUGCUUUGGGUGGCACCACGUGCCGAAUUGAUGGUCAAAGCACGGUGGGUGGAACUCCUGUGGUGACCCUCAGUCAGGUUCCGGUGACCUUGCAGGAUUGCCAAUUGCGACAUGGCACCAACUACCAAUUGGUGACCUAUGUGGAGGAUACGAACAAUCGAACCGAUGGAACUCUCUACUUCGUUCCAAUCCAAACACCACCAGGCAUCUCGAAUGGCUUCAUCGACUUCCCCAUCGUGGCCAACGCCACGGAAAGCAUGGUGACCUUGUCCUUCACAGCCUCCAAUCUGGUGGGAACUGCUUGGAUUCUCAUUUUGUCGGCGGGCGACGUGGGUUCAGCCACGGCUGCUUCUGUCAUGGCCGGAACUGGUGCACUGGGCGGCUCCCUUUGCCAGCUGGAGAUGACCAUCGACAACACUCCGACAGAGGUCAACAUGGACAACUGCUCGUUGGCCUUCUCCAUGGACUACGCAGUAAUGGUCUAUGUGGCCGAUGUUGGCAUGCAUGACGAUGGUCACUUCUAUUCCUCAGGUCAUGACCAGUGCUGA